AUGAGAGUUUCAUACAAUUCUUCUUCUGCAUAUUCUUUAAAUUAUGACGAGAAACGGGAAAGGAGAGAACAGCAACAAUUACAUGAUGAAACUAAUUUUGCUGAAUGGCUUCCUGGACAUGUUCAAUCGGAGGGAGGACUUUUUCUGCUCGAUCGCCGUGCUCUCUCUGAAGGAGAAGUUUUAUUAUUUCGAACAAAAAAGAGUAGACAUCGAGCAAUCCCUGUAAUGAGUUCACAAAAACAACAAAAUUUUGCAAAUUCACAAGAAAAAAUUAUAUCAACAACUUCGAGGUUUUCAGAUGCUUUAACUUUUAAAGAUUGGUUGAGGAGAGUGUAUCAUAAUGGAGAUAAAGCUUUAAAAAUAUCAGUAAGAACAACAGAAGUAGUUAGACCAGUUCUUCAACACUUAUAUGCAGCAACUCGAGGUCCUAAUCGUUUUAAUGCCCCAAUAAUUGUCCAUGCGAAUACUUUUCAAGGCGCAGGAAUGGGUUCAGAGGUAUUAAAUUUUUUAAAGGCACUAGCUGAAGACUGA